AUGUAUCAGCUGUAUAACGGCUAUUUCUUAUCAAAUUAUCAAUGUGAAAUUUGUUCUGAAAAUUGUAUGGAUUGUUACAACAAGAUUUUGUGUCUUACUUGCAACAAAAAUUACUUUUUGUCGGAUGGAAAGUGUUUUUCUAAUUCAGAAGUCAUCACCAAUUGCAAGAAACUUGUCCCUUCACAAUCUCUGUGCGCUUUAUGUGAUAUUGGAUUUUACAGAGACGAAUAUGGCCAGUGCAAAAAUUGCAUUGAAAAUUGUAAUGAGUGCAACACUGAAAAAACGUGUUUAAGUUGUUUUACAAAUUACUUUUUACUCGCAAACAACACGCAGUGCAUUUCAUAUGAUUUACUUGUAAAUUGCGAGGUAAAAAGUCAAAGUGGAUGUUUGAAAUGUUUAACUGGUUUUUACCAACAAAAUCAGUUUUGUGUCACUUACAAUUUGACAACUUUUAAUUGUUCCACUUGUGGAACAACUGGAAUAUGCACUUCAUGUGUAGAAUAUUAUAUCUUGUUAGACUCCAAAUGUUACUCAAAAAGUUCAAUUGAAAAUUGUGUUGAAGUGACAAACUCUAAAUGCACGAAAUGCGCAUUUUGGCACACGCCAAAUUACUCAAACACGUCUUGCCAUACAAAGGUAGUGUGGUGGGUGAUAUUAAUAGUUGUGAUAUUUGUUAUUAUUAUCAUAACUCUUAUUGUAUUCAUUGUACUCUUUGUCUCUGUUCAAAUUAAUCGCCACUAUCAUAUUAAAAAAGUGCAAGAAAAGACGUGCAUUUUUGAUGUCAGAAAGUCGAACAUUCAAUUCACCAAAACUUCAAUUUCUGAUGUUUUUGUGAAUAAAAAUCAAAUUAAAUUUGAAGGUGAAAACGACGAGGAAACGAUUCCAGUCGACAAAGAGUCGCGCGAGUUAUUAUGUGUUGGAAAUUUCGGAAAGAACACAAUUAAAGUGCAAUUUUCCUCAAAAGACAACACAGAAAAAUAUACCAUAAGAACAGAACCUCUUGUAAUUUCUCUAAAAAAGAACAAAGCAGUCGAAUUUGAAAUUUUUAUUCGACCAAAUUGUUCGUGCAAAAUUAAAGAUAAAAUCACAUUGUUUUCUGUGAAUUUUAAAAGUGGAAUAACCAAAGAAACUCAAAUUAAUUUGGUUGCUAUAACUCAGAUAUCAACAAAAUUGGAUAAUGAAGAAUUAAAUGAAGACAAAAAGCUUGGUGAAGGUGGUUUUGGUAUUGUUUACAAAGGAACUUACAAAGGAAACGAAGUUGCUAUUAAAAAAUUGAAAGAAAUGGUUGGAAACUCGUUAUUGUCAUUUUUUGAAAAAGAAGUUACAAUGUUAGAUAAAUUCAGAAGUGAGUAUAUUGUCCAUUUCUAUGGCGCCGUAUUUAUUCCAAACAAAGUAUGUAUGGUGACUGAAUUUGCACCAUUUGGGUCUUUACAAGACUUAACGAAUCAUAAACCAAGUUCAGAUGUUUGUAUUAAACUUCGAAUAAAAAUGAUGAUAGAUGCAGCAAAUGCAUAG